UUUUUGUUUUUGUUUUGGAUUUCCAGCAUCCGCAGUUUUUUGCUUUUAUCUUAGUGUUAUUCUGUAUGGUCAGUCAAAGUGUUUCAGAUUAAUCUUCUAACAUGAAUAAUGAAUGAAGUGAAUUAUCAAACAUAUUGUUAUCUCUAGUUGUACAAAUUUGUUAAAAGGAUACAGAAAGAAUUAUCCAAUACUUUAUCUGGAUUUCAGCCCAGGGAGAAGGGAGAGUGUGUGGGAUGGGGUUCUGCAGCUUUGAGGAAUAAGAGAGGAAAAAAAUGUUCCAUUGAAACUUGAAUUGUCUGUUCUGAAUUUCUAUCCUCUCCUGACAGAGAUGACUUGUGUAAAUCCCUUUUACAGGAUAUUAGAAGGGGAGAAUUUGUAGACACAUAAUUUGAAUCGAACAUCACAUCAAGAUCUGACAGUCACUUGAUUCAUCAGGACCUGAAUAUCAUCAGCCCCUGAAUCUGUAAGGAGAAAUGUUUGUCCGUGGGAAAAGGUUUCAAACAUCAGUGUGACUGGAAAAACACCGAGACACACACACACACCAGAGUGAGAGUAUUCCAGUGCACUGACUGUGGAAAGAGCUUUAACUGGUUACACAACUGGAAAAAAAAAUUGCAUCAUUUACAAUGGGGAGGAACUGUUGUGUAUGUGAAAAAGGCUUCAUCUGAUCAUCAAACACCAUGGAGAAACCAUGGAAAUGUGGGGACUGUUUGCAGGCAUUCACUACCCCCUCCAAGCUGGAAACUCAUCGACGCACUCACACUGGGGAGAGACCAUUCACCUGCUCUGAGUGUGGGAAGGGAUUCACUCAGUCAUACAGCCUAGCAUUACACCAGCGAGUUCAUACAGGGGAGAGGCCAUUCACCUGCUCCGUGUGUGGGAAGAGAUUUGUUAAUUCUUCCAACCUUCUGAGACACCAGCACGUUCACAGUGAGGAAAAACCAUUCAUUUGCUCUUAUUGUGGAAAGACCUUCAGUCUUUCAACCAUCCUCAUCUCACACCAGCGAGUUCACACCGGGGAGAGGCCAUUCAUCUGCUCCGUGUGUGGGAAGGGAUUCACUGAGUCAGCUAACCUAGCAUUACACCAGCGAGUUCACACUGGGGAGAGGCCAUUCACCUGCUCCGUGUGUGGGAAGGGAUUUAUUAAUUCAUCCAAUCUGGUGUCACACCAGCGAGUUCACACUGAGGAGAAACCAUUCAGCUGCACUUCCUGUGGAAAGAGCUUCAAGCAUUCAAGUAAUCUCAGUGUGCACCUGCGAGUUCACACAGGAGAGAGGCCAUUCAUCUGCUCCCAUUGUGGGAAGGGAUUCACUUGUUCCUCUCACCUGGUGAGGCAUCAGCGACUUCACAACUGGUGUAUGGAGAAGAUCAUGUCCACUGUAGAUCCGCCAGCACAGAAACUGCACUUUGCUUCUGGGCGCCCCGGCUGCGUAUUCUUCCGGAUAAAGGUGGCGGCCAUUAACCCGGGCCUGUCUCGGAGAAAAGCCCGAGAAGCUGUUGUCCUUUCAAAUACUGUGCCCAAGCUUCGUAUUCCGGGCGCUGGAAACUCAAACCAAACAUCACAUCAAGAUCUGACAGAUUCACUCGAUUCAUCAGAAACUGAAUAUCAGCAGCAUCUGAAUGUGAAAGCUCCUGUAAAUACUGACGGGAAAGGGAACAGAAUCUCAGGAGGUUCCACACCGCUGGCUGCUCAUGAGGAAGUGAUCUCCGAUCAGAUUAAUGUGCUUCUGCUGUGGAAGGAAAAAGCACCGUUCACAGUGGAGAGAAAUCGUACACAUGUCCUGUGUGUGGACGAGGCUUCAACCGAUCAUCUGACCUGUCAAGACACCAGCGCAGCCACAUCCGGGAGAAACCAUGGAAAUGUGGGGAUUGUGGGAAGGGAUUCAGAUUCCGAUCUGAGCUGGGGAGAGGCCGUUCACCUGCUCAACGUGUGGGAAGGGAUUUACUCUUUCAGCCCACCUGCUGAGCCACCAGCGAAUUACAGUGAAGAGAGACCUUUUAAAUGCCCAGACUGUGGGAAGUGCUUUAAAAGUUUCUGGGAGCUGAUGUCCCAUCAACGUGUUCACACUGACAAGAGACCAUUUAAGUGCUCUCAAUGCGGGACUGGGUUCAGGGGAUCAUCCCAACUCACUGUACACCAGCGAAUUCACACUGGGGAGAGGCCAUUCAUCUGUCCCCAGUGUGGAAAUGGAUUCACUCAGUUAUCCCACCUGCUGAGACACCAGCAAGUUCACAUGGGGGAGAGACUGUUCAUCUGCUCUGAGUGUGGGAAGGGAUUCACUGAGUCACACAGCCUGCUAACACACCAGCAAGUUCACACUGGGGAGAGGCCAUUCACUUGCCCCAAGUGUGGGAAGGGAUUCACUCAGUUAUCUAGCCUGCUGAGACACCAGCAAAUUCACACUGGGGAGAGGCCAUUCACCUGCCCUCAGUGUGGGAAGAGAUUCACUACCUCAUCCCACCUACUGAGACACCAGCGAGUUCACACUGGGGAGAAGCCAUUCACCUGCCCCCAGUGUGGGAAGGGAUUCACUCAGUUAUCUAGCUUGCUGAGACACCAGCAAAUUCACACUGGGGAGAGGCCAUUCAUCUGCGCUCAGUGUGGGAAGAGAUUCACUACCUCAUCCAACCUGCUGGCACACCAACGAAUUCACACUGGGGAGAGGCCAUUCACCUGCCCCCAGUGUGGGAAGGCAUUUAGUCAUUCACCCCACAUGCUGACACACCAACGAAUUCACACUGGAGAGAGGCCAUUCACCUGCCCCCAGUGUGGGAAGGGAUUCACUACCUCAUCCAACCUGCUGGCCCACCAACGAGUUCACACUGGGGAGAAGCCAUUCACCUGCCGCCAGUGUGGGAAGGGAUUCACUACCUCAUCCAACCUGCUGAGACACCAGCAAGUUCACAAGUAACGACAGUGGUGGGAUUUUGCUGUUAAUCACAUCCAGGACUGAACCAUGUUCACUGGGAUCUGUUUCUGCUGAUGUUAAUAAACUACAGACCACUUAGAAGGGCUAAUAUUCUGCAUAAAUGUCAAAUAAAUUA